ACAAUUUAAACCUCAGAGGAAAUGCACCGCUACAUCGAGCUCGCUUGACUAGAAUCAACCAGUUUGUUCAUCGAGUCACAGCAAUAAUCUUCCUGAAAUAAUGGCUCUCCGUGUCACAAGGAAUACCCGCCUUGCCAGCAGCGAGAAUCAGAACGCUCUGCCCGGAAAAGCAGCUGUAGCGACCAAGCCCGGACUCAGACCUCGGGCCGCGCUGGGGGAGAUUGGCAACAAUCCGCAGACACGACAGGCUUUGAGGAAGAAGGAGGUGAAGGCUGCACCCAACGCGGAGGUUGUGACUGAGAAAGCGCCUGUGGUUCAACAACCCAAAAAGGAGUCUCCUAAAGCGAAGCAUGACGUUCAGAUUUUGUCUGAGCCUUCAUCUCCUAUUCCCAUGGAGACCUCUGGCUGUGCUUCAGAUGAUCUGUGUCAGGCGUUCUCUGAUGUUCUGCUUAAUAUCAAGGAUGUGGAUGCUGAUGACUAUGAUAAUCCCAUGCUUUGCAGUGAAUAUGUCAAGGACAUCUAUUUGUAUCUCCGUCAGCUUGAGACCGAGCAAGCUGUUAGGCCGAAAUAUCUGGAAGGAAGAGAAGUCACAGGAAACAUGCGUGCCAUUCUUAUUGACUGGCUUGUGCAAGUUCAAAUUAAGUUCAGGCUGCUUCAGGAGACCAUGUACAUGACUGUUGCAAUCAUUGACCGCUUCCUUCAGGAUAAUCCAGUUCCAAAGAAACAGCUCCAGCUUGUUGGUGUAACAGCCAUGUUCAUAGCCUCAAAGUAUGAAGAGAUG